AUGCAAAAUCGGAACGUCCAAAUGAAGAUUAAAGACUGCCUGAAUGACGAAACGCUGAUUGAAGCCAAUAAUUGUACACACAGUCUUAGGAUUGAUUCACUUUGUGCAAUUUGUGGUGCAGAGAUACUAAAAGGCACAGAUCUCGUUCCAGUUUUACAUCACACGGAUAGAGUUUUUCAAACUUCAGAAGAAGCUCGCAAACUACAGAAAAUAAGAAACAAGCAGCUAAAUGAGGAAAAGAAAAUGAUUUUAAUACUGGAUCUUGACCAAACAAUUCUUCAUACAACUCUUUGGAAAAUCGAUUGUGAUUUUACAUUUUCAAUUUCAUCAACAAUGUUUUAUGUAAAGUUAAGGCCUCAUUUAAACAGGUUUUUAGAGAAAAUUUCAAAAAUGUUUGAGAUACACAUUUAUACGAUGGGGACCAGGGAAUAUGUAACAGAAAUAUGUAAGGCUAUAGAUCCAAAUGGCAUAUAUUUUGGGGAUAGAAUAGUUUCAAGAAAUGAAAAUUUCAAUGAGCUGAAGAAAUCAAUAGAAAGGAUAACAUGCAUAUCAAGGAAUGUUGUUAUUAUAGAUGACAGGGCUGAUGUAUGGAAUUACAGUAAGAAUCUCGUUCUGAUACGACCUUUUUGGUAUAGAGACAAGAUGAAUAUUAAUGAUACUUCUGGAGAACCCUUGUACCUUGAAAUCAGCAAAAAAAAGAGCGAUGAUAUUUCAUCUGAUCAAAAUCUAAGACAAAGCAUCAAAGAUUCAGCCGACUACACAAAGAUAGAAUCAAAUAUAGAAGUAAAUGGCAAUAACGAGGAAGGGCCAUCUUUAAACAGCAACUUGCUUGUAGAAACGGCUUCAAAUGAUGAUGUGAGCAAUGCAGUAGUAGAACACCCACAUCCAACUACGGUGAAGAGUCAGAAAAUACUAUCGACAAUGAGCAGAGAGUAUUCACCCGAAGAGAAAGCCAAGUUGGCUGAAUCAAUCAACGAUAAAGAAUUGCUGAAAAUGCUGAAAAUCUUAAAAAGUGUUCAUAGGAAAUAUUUUGAGUGCAAGAAAAGAGCCAGUAAAAUUCUUAGGUUGGUGUUUAUGAAGAAUAUUAAAAUUGCAUCUAAGAUUGAACAUUUUCCUCUUAUCAUAUUUUCUGGAGCUACGGUUGAUUUAGAAAAUCCACAGUUUGUUUUGGAAGACCAGGACUUAGCAGAAAAGUGCAAAGCUAAGAAUAUUAGGCUGGUCUGGAUUUAUGAGUGUAUUUACAGAAGAAGGAUGGUUCCAACUGACUCGUAUGUUAUUUCAGACUUCUCUGUUACUGAUGACUAUCAAGCAUUAUUAGAAUCAGAGUUUUUUGGAUGA